UAAAGGAUGGCUCAGUCACGCUCUCCGUGCCCCCUCGACAUGGCGCACACUUCCACAACAGUGAUGUAGAGGAAUAUUUUUUAUUUUCUCAAUAAAUAAUUCAUUCACAAUCUGCUGCAGUGACAGUGACUGUGAACUACCCAGUGUCCUCGUAGUGCAAAUAAAAUAAUUUUUUUUAAAUUAAAACCCGAAUCGAAAUAAUUUUUUUCGAGUCACGGAUAUAUCCCCUUGGAAUUAUUUAACGAAUACACUACAAUCUGAGAAAAUAAUCAAGAGUGAAAGUACGACUUUGACCUCAUUGGCGGUUGAUUAUAUUCACCCGCGAAUUUCAUGGAAUUUUGUACUUUGAGACAGUCUUGUUUUAUUUACUUGAGGUAAUUUUUUUCGUCGUCUAUUAUUUUUGAAUAAAUUGUUGAAAUUACAAUGAGUGCAGAGGACAGUCGUACGGCUGAGGUGAUUCGGAUUGGCUCACGCAAGAGUGAAUUGGCAUUAAUACAAACGAGAUACGUAAUAGCAUGUCUCAAGGAAAUACAUCCGGACAAAUCAUUCGAAAUAGUGACAAUGAGCACAAAAGGCGACAAAAUACUUGACAUAUCACUGCCGAAAAUUGGUGAAAAGGCUCUAUUCACUCAAGAAUUGGAAUUAGCGCUGGAAAGUGGAAGAGUUGACUUCCUAGUUCACUCUCUAAAAGAUCUGCCCACAACGUUACCGGAGGGAAUGGCCCUGGGGGCGGUUUUGAAACGCGAGGAUCCAAGAGACGCUGUAGUCAUGUCCAAGAAGAUGGCUGGGAAGACUUUAGCAACGUUACCAGAGGGAAGUGUAAUCGGUACGAGUUCGUUGAGGAGAUCAGCACAAUUGGCUCGUAACAUGCCUCAUUUGAAAAUAGAGAGCAUCCGAGGUAAUUUAAACACGAGAUUAAAGAAGUUAGAUGACGAGGAGGGUCCUUUCGCAGCGAUAAUUCUGGCUGCUGCAGGAUUGAAACGAAUGGGAUGGGACGACAGGAUAAGUCAGCUGUUGGAACCUGAUGAAGCUCUGUAUGCGGUUGGACAAGGGGCUCUUGGAAUCGAAUGUCGCGAGUCUGAUUGGAAAAUUCUGUCUCUCUUGGAGCCACUCUAUGACGUGGAUACAACAAUUAAUUGUGUCUGUGAGAGGUCUUUUUUGAAAACACUUGGUGGUGGCUGUUCAGCCCCUGUCGCUGUUUGUUCGUCACUCAAGGAGAAACAUUUGACGAUUACUGGUGCUGUUUGGUCGCUUAAUGGUCAGACCCUCAUCAAGGAUACUUUGAAGAAGAAAUUGUACCUGCCGGAUGAUGACGAUGAACCUCCUAAAAAAUGUCCCUAUCGUGAGCCACGCCUUUACUGCAGCAUAGCCCCCGGUAAAGUAAGCAGUAUGGGUCUGCUUGGUGCUGAGCAACUUGGAAAGGAAUUAGCCGAGAGUUUGAUCAACAAAAAUGCAUUGGAAGUGAUGUCAAAGGCCCGAGAAGAAGUUUUAAGUACGAGUUAAAGGUGCACGCCAGAAAAAGAAUAGAACCAGAAGAGAUAUCCCCACUGCCUACCGACCAGUGGCAAAGUGGUAAAACAAAAUGAUGAAUCAUUUUAUCUCGAUUCACCACUUGACCACUGAGUUCAUGCUUCACUAAUUGAUGCAAGCGCAAGUCCAAGAGUGCUCUCUGUAAUCAUUGUAUAAAAUUUAAUCAUUUCCACCGUUGAGACUACCUGUCUUUAUUUUUGAUUCUGUACAAAUACUUUUUUUGUUUUUUGUUGAAUCUUUAUUGAGAUAUUUUGUCGACGUAAUCUUAUAAAUUAUUAAUUGAAUUUUAAAGAACGUUUUAUCACAUCGAAUUCGUCGUAUUAUUGUUGAGAUAAAUAAUGAAACGCUCGAUUGUACAGUAAAUGAGGAGAGGGUAAUUGAUGAAUAGUUGUUGUAUUUAGAAAAUAUAUUAUAUUGUAAAGACGAGCAGAUUUUUCAAUGAAAAUACUCUGCGAGUCCAUUCUGGGAUAAUAAAGAGAGAGGAUAUUUGGGUUUAA